AGUGUUGUAAAGAUGCACCGAAUUGAUCGUUCAAUUUCGACAGAUCUUGUAAAAUCACAAACAAUGUCAAUACGUAAAAUUUGAUUUGAUACCGAAUACGCUUGAAUUCGGUAAAGAAAUAAUCGGAGGUGUUGCACUUCAAUCCUAUGUAUACAAAUACAAGUGCGCAUGCGCCACGUUAGUAGCAGAAAGUGAAACAUGGCGAGGAGACGGACGGUUUUUUCAGUGGCUCCGUAUUUUAUUGUUUUAAUUUGUUUUUCUACCGUAGGAAUAUGCUCUAGAGAAGUUGUUUUAUUAGAUUCAUCAAAAUUCCCAAACCUUAAGAACUGGACAACACACAUAAAUGGACAAUCAGAUUCCAACACAGGGUGGAAAGAAGGAAGUUUUAUGGACAGUGGAAAGAUUAUCCGAAUCUUCUCUUCCUGUUCCGUCAGUAGUUCUGAUGUGGACAACUGGUUAAGAACUCCCUACAUUCCCCGGCGAGGAGCCAACAGUCUACGCAUAGAAAUCCGAUUUUCCAUGCGGAGAUGUGUUCGACAUUCAGAUCCAACCACCAUUAAACAAUGCAAAGAAACUUUCAAUUUGUACUACUACGAAGCCGACACAGACAUUGCAAAUGCUCAUAUGCCAACAUGGGAUUCAGUGUCAUACUCUCAUAUUGACAAAAUAGCAGCAGACAACUUGUAUGACUCGAACACAGACAUCUUGCUGAACACUGAAGUUCGGGAUAUAUCCUUAACCCCAGGAAUGGGGGGUGUGUACAUUGCAUUUCAGGAUCGUGGAGCAUGUGUUACUCUGAUCUCGAUAAAAGUUUCCUACGUAAUGUGUCCGAAUGUUACGAUCAAUUAUGCGUUCUUCCAAGAGACACCUGUUGGUCGAGUAAACCCAGGAUUUGAGGAACACUUUGGUAAAUGUGUACCAAAUGCUGCAGAGAAGACACGACCCAAGUAUCUCUGCCAGAGUGAUGGAGUAUGGACCUAUCCUACAGGGGGCUGUCAGUGUUUGUCUGGCUAUGAGGGACAAGGAGGAACUGCUUGUGUGGAAUGCCGACCAGGUUUCUUCAAGUGGCUCCUAGGUAACACGCCCUGCAGUACAUGCCCGCCAAACAGCUACACCAACCUCCCGCGAUCUGUGGAGUGUUCGUGUGCAGAUGGGUACUACCGCAACCCCAGAGACAGCAAAAACUCGUCCUGUACUCAACCACCAUCCAAGCCGCGGAAUUUAGUAGCUGAGGAGAUUACCCAUAAUUCCAUCACCUUAUCCUGGAUUUCGCCAGUGUCAGACGGAGGUAGAAAGGACGUCCAGUAUAGGGUGGCUUGUAAUCCAUGCGAGAGUGUGUCCUUCCACCCAGGCUGGGAAAACAUUAAUCGGACAAGAGUUUCAAUAACUGGACUGACUUCCAGUACUAAGUACAGUAUUAGGGUCUCGGCUGUGAAUGGAGUCAGCAACAUUAGUAACAUUCCAGUGGAGUUCGAGGAGGGUCAGUACACCACCAAAGCCAGCACCCAAACUAUCCUCAACUUCCAGAUCAGCAGUCGCAGCCAGACCGAGAUCACCAUCACCUGGGACAUUGUCUCCAGCGUCAGGAACCAGGUCAUGUUUUACCAAGUCCGAAGUGCACCCAGACUGGGAUAUGGAGACGUCUUGCUAAAGAAUAUCUCGGCCAACCAUCAGAAUUACACAUUCAAAAAUCUCAAUCUGGGCUCCGAGUACAGCCUGCAGGUAAGGUGCUAUCUUGUAGAGAAAGGAUGGGGUGACUUCACACAGCCAAUAAACGUCAUUCCAGGAGAACCAAUCGGUAGAUGGGGUGGUAUGUCCAAGCCAGAGAGAGGAAAAGAAGAGAUAGAUCCACCCCAGAAGAUGUCUGUUGGAAUUAUCAUCGCGGCAGCCCUGGCAGUUGUCGUCUGUAUGGUCAUAGCAACAGGGAUGAUUGUCAUUCUCAUCAAGAGAAAUCAACGUGAAUGUCAAAAUGACAAAGGCGGCGGAGAGUACGACCCACCAUACAAUCCCGGUGAGGUUCUCCAUUGUCCCCAAUUGGAGCCCCAUAUGAAUGGUGGAUUGACUAUGCCACUCUUUCCACCGGCUGACUGUGUGAAGUCUUAUGUUGAUCCCCAUACUUAUGAAGACCCAAAUCAAGCAGUUCGAGAGUUCACACGAGAAAUUGAUGCAUCUCACAUCACCAUUGAAUCAGUCAUUGGAGGAGGAGAGUUUGGUGACGUCUGCAAAGGAAAACUACGCAAUCCAGUAAAACCUGAAAUGUCAGUAGCUAUAAAGACGCUGAAGCCUGGCGCAACAGACAAAAACCGUUUAGAUUUCCUGACGGAAGCCAGCAUAAUGGGACAGUUUGAUGACCAAAAUGUUAUAUUUCUGGAAGGAGUUGUCACAAAAAGCCAUCCUAUUAUGAUUGUCACAGAAUAUAUGGAAAAUGGGUCGCUCGACACAUUUUUACGAAAUAACGAUGGGAAAUUCACAAUUAUACAGCUGGUAGGAAUGAUGAGAGGAAUUGCAUCAGGGAUGAGAUAUCUCUCUAACAUGGGAUACAUACACAGAGACUUAGCUGCCCGGAAUAUACUGAUUAAUGGGAAUCUGGUUUGUAAAGUGGCAGACUUUGGAUUGUCCAGGGAAAUUGACAUAGACACAACUGAUGGCGCUUACACAACAAAGGGAGGAAAAAUUCCAGUAAGGUGGACAGCCCCGGAAGCCAUUGCCUUCCGUAAGUUUACAUCAGCCAGUGACGUUUGGAGUUAUGGGGUUGUGAUGUGGGAGGUGGUUUCUUAUGGUGAGAGGCCAUAUUGGAACUGGUCCAAUCAAGACGUCAUCCGAGCUGUGGAUCGUGGAUACAGACUUCCCCCACCUAUGGACUGUCCAGAAGCUAUUCAUCAGCUGAUGUUAGACUGUUGGCAGAAAGAGAGAGGAAAUCGACCAAAGUUUGACAUCAUUGUGAAAAGUCUGGAUAAAUUUAUCAGAGCUCCAGAAAUGUUAAGGAAGAUUGCAAAGCCUAGACCAGAAUUUCUGAUGGACACAAAUCGUACAUUACCCAUGAAUCGCCAAGGGGAAGUCUCCAAUUUUACAAAUGUUGAAGGCUGGCUUAUAUCCAUCAAAAUGGAGAAAUACAUUGACAAUUUUCUGAACUGUGGUUAUAGGACAAUGGACCAAGUGUUGAAAAUUACUCAACAUGAACUAGAACAGAGAGUGGGGGUCACAUUAAUAGGACAUCAAAAGAAAAUCAUGAACAGUAUCCAAACUCUGCGUACACAACGAUUCGGACAAUUCCAUCAAGUUUCGGAAGGAUUCCUUGUAUAGUCCUGUGUUUGGUCGCUCUCCUUGUGUGCUUGAUACUACCAAUAUUCUUAAGUUGUGAUGAUGAGAUCUUGUGCAAUUUUUUUUCUGACCCAGGUUAGAAAUUGUCCUGUAAGUUCAAUCAAAAAAUACUACAACAAAUGGGAAGUCCAAAGGUCCGAUGCUCGUGUAUCAAAAUACUGCAACAAAUCGGGAAUCCAAGGUCCGAUACCUGUACAAGUUGUCCAUCCUAUACAGCAAAAAGAUCGCCAGUUUUGUCACAUUUUGCAUAAUGACUAUAUAACUAUCGUCCUAAGGAUGAUGAUGUGUGUUUGCCAGUAUGAAUGAUUUAAACAAGUGGUUGUAGAAACGUUCGAGGUUGUUUUAGGUUUACUAGUGAGUACGUGCUAGAGAUUAUUUUGCUAGUUGACAAUUUUUUUUUUAUCACGCUACGACAGUAUGCAAUGUAAUUGGCUGUCUUACUAGCAAAAAAAAUUGAAACUGUCAUUGGACAGUUUGAACUGUGUGUGUUUGCUUGUAUGUGUAAGGUACCAGUGUAACUGGAAAGUGUUUCACUAUUAUUUAAGUCAAAAAACUGUGUAUCAGUAUUUAUAUCAUUAUAUGUCUUAAUUUUGAAACACUGAGAAUUACAACAUAUGUCUCAUUAUUUGAUAUGUGUACUUUUUAAAACUUUCUCAUUUUUACUUCAAAAUUUCCAUGUAAAAGUUGAUAUGACAUGUUUUUUUAAAGUACUUGUGAAAGUGUUUUGUUUUGUUUUUUUCAUUCUGUGAAGACAUUAGUACAUUUUAGUGGGUGUUCAUUUUAUUCUUUUAAGGUGCUUAGUAGACGUCAAGAUAUUUUAUGUUUGGUUUCUAUGCAACAUUUGAACCAUUCCAUUGAAAAGAUAUUCCCACUUCUGCCAACAUGAUUUAUUCACAGAGAAAAUUUUGCAUGCCAUGUUUACCUGUUGCAUACGUGAUUUUUUUCAAAUAGUAUUGAGUUGUUUUUCCUCCAGAAGUGAUUAUACAUCUUAGACAAGUGUAAGCUAAUGGCACAUAUCAACAUCAUAAAGAUUAUACUAAGUAUAUAUGAAUUCAGAUAUUGAUGAUUUUUUUUUUUAUACACACUAAUUCUUUACACAGAUCUAUUAGUUAAAAUCUUUUCAGACCCCAAAUAUGUGUCUGUGGAUCCAUUCCUCAUUUUUCAUUAUGAUUGUCACCUGAAUACUGUGUAUGGCUUACUGUCACCACCCCACUCAUCAUUUUGUACAAUAAUCUCUGUAGUUCAUUACUUGUAGAUCAUUUGAUUAUUUUUGACAGUGUAUAUAAUUUGUAAAUUCUUAUAGUGCUGUAUAUAAAUACGCAAAGUUUAUACUUGAUGAUGCUGAAUAAGAGACAAAUCUCAACACGAGUGGUUGCUUUCGUACAAUAGAAUUGUCUUUUGUGUACCCCCUUUUGUUUGUGUCUCUUUUUAGUUGCGAAGUCACCAGGUAUACCUUUCUUCUGUAUAUUUUUCGAAUUUGAAUGUUUAAAAACUGCCUUUUAAAGUUUGUGGCUAUCAAUUUACUUUGUUUCAGAGAAAUCCUUACUUGUUACAGUUUCAUUUCAGUUUUAGAAAUCCUGAUCCCAAUGUAUAUGACAAAUUCAAUAAAGCGGAAAUUGGAUUGUUUUAAGUCCAGCAAAAGGAGACUUGCUCAGAAUUUGAAAUACCCGUUUGGUAGUAAUUUUUGUAGAUGUGUUGGGUAUCAAGUGAUAACAUCAUUUGCAAAUCAUUGCUUCUAUGAAAUCAUAUCUGAAAUGAAGUUGGUGCUGAAUUUACGAGUUAGUGUAUACAUGUAUAUUUGAUAUUGGUAACGAAUCCUCCACAAUUUUACCUCUUUUAGUCUGUGUUAAUCUUUUCUAGCUUCUUUUUCUGUUCAUAUGUACUAAUGUAAGAAACACUUUGAGGAUGAAGAGCCACAAAGUAAAAAAUUUGAAUACAUGAAUGAUUUAUCUUGCUUACACUCGAUUCAGUCGUUUUAAAGCAAUAUGGUUCCAUGACUGCUAGGUGUUCAGAAGUACACAAGAUAUCACAAUAAAUAUGUAUAAAAUCUGA